AUGUUCGUCAAUUUUGCUAUUCGAUUCUGUGCAAUUUCUGAUGUGAACCUAACGAAUGAUUUGAAAACAGUAAAAAGAAAAUCAUCAUUAGUUAAGAAAACUUCCAACGGAUUUAAAAAAUUUAAGUUUACAAAUGAAUCGCAUUUACGUAAGUUUAAAACAACAUUAUUUUAGUUUGCGGCCUUAAGAUAAAUUGACUGUUUCGGUAUAAUAUAGUUUCUUAACUAAUCUCAGAAGAAAUUUCCUGAAUUCGGCGAAUUCUUCGUUUUCUUAUUUAAUAUUAACCAAAUAAAAAAAUGUUAUGAUCCAUUAUAGAAUUUAAGAAAAUACAUGAAUCAACAAAUGAGCCCAGUUCAGAUGCGUCUAGCGCAGAUGUGUUAAUGUCCGAAAAACUUCUGCAAGCGGCCAUUGGUAAAUAAUUGAAUUUACAAACUAAAAUUUACCGAUUCUCUCAAUAUUGNUAAUUUUCUAACGCCACACAAAUUAUUAACCCAAAAUUAUUUUUAAUUUUUUUUUAAUAUAUGUAAUAAUAUUUAAACAAAAUAAUUUUUUGUUAAUAAUUUGUCUUGUGAAAACUAAUUUAAUUAUUUAGAGUCGUUCGACUUGGGAAGUUUAAACCCUUUUACUAUGAGAUUUAAUAAUAUGUACUUGAAAUGUUUUGUAUGCUUUGUUUCGAGACUUUUUUUUAACCUUUUUAAGUUUUUUUUUUUUGUGAAUUUUAAGUGCAAUAAGUUCCGAGUGAUACUUAUUAUAGUACCAGUUGCUUUAUGUUAACUAAAUUACUAUUGAUAAUAUUUUAAACCAUUAAAUUGCAGAUAGCAUUUUACUAAAGGAACCAGACGUUUCUGAGACCGAAACGUCACAAGUGUUUUUUUACGGGUUUCCUCGAGAAGUUGAGAAGAAAAAUGAAGACAUUAUUAGUAGUCCUGAAAAUAUUAAAGGUAAUAAAACAAACAGCGAUUCAUUAUAUUUAGUAUGUACAUUUAGCCAGAAUCUAUUUGUAUAACUUUUCUACUAUACAUCAGUGGAAAAGCUUUUUUUUAAAUGACUCGCUCGCCACCUAUUGUAAAAUCCAGAAACUGAAGACAAAAUUACUUAGGCUAUUAUUAUGGAUAUAUUUGCUUGUACCUGUACAGUAUACACUAUAUGUCCGUCAAUUUUUUUGGUUAUUUUAUUUUAUUUUGCGUCUAUGUAUUUUUCCAUAAUAUUCUUAAAUAGUAUUAUGGUAAUAUUAAUAAAUUAUAAAAUAGGGAUGUAAAUAAUAUUAAUGUCAGUAUUUUAUAUUUAUUUGUAGUCUUAAAUAUUAGAAGUCGCCAAGCUAUGUUAAGUUAAUUGUAUUCAAUUAUCACACUUAUCAAAUACAAACAGUUAUAAACAAUUUCUAUACUAAAGAAUUUUAACAAUUACUAAACCUCUUUUUGAUAUCACAACUAUUCUAAGGUGAAUUUUUUUUUCUUACCGAGGGUUUUUUACACGUAGUUGACGGGGGGAAAGGUAAGUAAAAACUGUUGGAAUAUAAACAACUCAGUAUAAUUGGAAAAUUGUAUAAUAUAGUUUCUUAAUUAAUCUCAGAAAAAAUUUCCUGAAUUCAGCGAAUUCUUCGUUUUCUUAUUUAAUAUUAACCAAAUAUAAAAAUUUUAUGAUCUAUUAUAGAAUUUAAGGAAAUACAUGAAUCAAAUGAGCCCAGUUCAGAUGCGUCUGGCGCAGAUGUGUUUAUGCCCGAAAAACUUCUGCAAGCGGCUAUUGGUAAAUAA